UUUUUGCUCCUCAGAGAAAGUGGGAGGAGGAAAAGGGAGGUGGCAGAGCUCCAAGAGUUUGGAAGUUUGUCCCAUCCCAGCCUUGAACUGAGCACCACAGCUCUUCUGGUUUGAGACCGGCAGGCUGUCUGUCUCUCUGCGUCUCAACCAUUUCCCCCAUUCAACCUAGACCCCUCUUUCAGUGCAUCUCCUAUCAGUGACUUGAUCACUGCCUUGUUCAGCCGCCUUCCUUCGGGAGGAGCUGGAAAAGCCAGCGAAGGGAACUUAUCAGGAGGAUAAUGACCAAAAGUCCAACUUGUAGUCAUUUUACAUAACAGAUUUAUUUUUCUUCAAAAACAAUUAACAGUGGAGUACAGCUACUUCAGUUCAGGGUGUCCUCUUCGUUUCCUCUGAAGAUGAGGAGGCAUCGGCUGCUACCGCUGUGUGCCCUUCUGGGCGUCCUCUUCGGAGGACUCCUGCCUAAACUUGAUGCUCAGGAUGCACUCUCUUCUGAAGAUUGUGCACAAGGGUUGGCAGCUGAUGUAUACUUUCUAGUGGAUUCAUCCUGGAGUAUUGGAGAAGACAACUUUGAUCAUAUCAGACAAUUUUUGUACAGCGUGAUACAAUCGCUGCACCAGGCUGGAGGAAAAAGGUUUAAAUUUGCCCUUGUGCAGUACAAUAACAGGCCCCAAACUGAGUUCCAGCUCAACAGCUACCCAACAACACAGGGGGUCCUGGCACACAUCAAGGACAUGUCUUACCGUGGUGGGGGGACCCGGACUGGCCUGGGCCUGGAUUUCCUGAUACGUGCUCACAUGACCACUGCUUCAGGCAGCCGUGCUGUUGACGGUGUGGCUCAAGUGGUGGUGGUGCUAACAGAUGGGCGCUCUCAGGAUGACGUGGCCGAACCAGCUCAGGUGCUGCGGCUGGCGGGCGUGAAGAUUUUUGCAGUCGGAGUUCAGGAUGCGGUGGACGCCGAGCUCAGGGAGAUGGCUAGCCAGCCUCAUGAGACCCAUGUGUUCAGAGUAGACUCUUUCCUGAUUUUGAAGGAUAUAAUCCAAGAUUUAGUAGUGGGGCUUUGCAGUUCAGUGACCCAAUAUGGGGCUACUCCUCUGUCAAAUGAGGACCCUGUGGCUGGAGGAGGGUCAGCACAAGAUUCAGCUGACCUAAUACUCUUAAUUGAUGGAUCACAGAACGUUGGAGCAGCAAACUUCCCCUUUGUGCGUGAAUUGGUUUUGAGAAUCAUUGAGCGCCUUGAUGUGGGCAGGGACACAGUUCGGGUGGCCUUGGCCCUGUACACCACCGACCCAGAAAUAAAGUUCUAUCUAAAUAGCUAUGACAGCAAAUCUUCGGUCCUGGAUGCUGUGAAGGGCCUCGCCUACCCAGGUGGUGAUGUCUCUAACCUGGGGGCUGCCUUGGAAGAAGUGGCUGAGAGCCUUUUGAGUGAAUCGUCUGGGGGCAGGGCAGACGAGGGUGUGCCCCAAAUGUUGGUGGUUAUCAGUGCUGGGCCAUCUGCUGAUGAUACUGGUGCCGGUGACCGGGCUCUUAAGAGGGCCAGUGUUAUCACAUUCACUGUGCCGAUUGGUGACGCUGCCACCGCAGAUCUGGAAGCAAUUGCUACAGAUAAAGAUUUUGUCCUGGCAGCCCCUGAUUUCAGAGCACUUGCAAGCAUGGGUGAUCAGCUGUUCCAAUACCUUAAUGGGGUGACCCAGCGCUCCUUUAUAGUUCUAAAUGAGUUCACAGAAGCUGGAAAAUUGCCAGUUGGAAAACGAGAUAUUAUUUUCCUGAUCGACAGUACAAUGGGAUCAACAAACAUCAAUGCUGUUCGUGAGUUCAUCAAACGGUUUGUCGACAGAAGAUCAAUUGGUCCAGACGAGGUUCAAGUGGGUAUUGCCCAGUUCAGCAAUGUUCAGAAAAUCGAGAUGGAUCUCAACACCCAUGGAAGCAGUGAGACAUUAAUUGCUAGUUUGGGUGCUAUCAAACCCAGAGCAGGACAGGUUGUCGACAUUGGAGCUGCCUUGGAUUAUGUCCGUGGGAAUAUGCUGCGGCCUGAGAAGGGCAGUCGUAUUCAACAGGGAGUGCCACAGCUUUUAUUGUUGUUGACCAGUAAAUCAUCCCGGGACAGUGUUGACCAACCUGUAAGAGCCCUUCAUGAAAUGGGUGUGUUGACACUGGCUGCAGGCGUCAAGACUGCCUCCGAGCAGGAGCUGAAGAAGAUUGCCUUUGCUGAAAACCUUGCAUAUACAUACAAGGACUUCCGUGGAAUUUUACGUGACCCAACAGCAAUCAAUGAUGCACUGUCUACUCUAGCUGGGGUGGUUGUGACUGAAAGGCCCACUGAGCCAGUGGUGGAGAUCACUACAGUGGAAACCCAAAAAGUAGUCCGAGACAUCAUCUUUCUUGUUGAUGGCUCCAACUACAUUGGCAGCAGUAACUUUCCCCAAGUGAGAGACUUCAUGAUUAAUGUGGUCAACCAGCUGGAUGUACGUCCUGAUAGGGUCCGAAUUGGUCUGUUGCAGUAUGCUGAGCGUCCAAAAGUAGAAUUCUACCUGAAUACCUUCGACAACAGACAAGAUGUUGUGAAUAGGAUCUCUGAGCUGAGGCUAAUUGGAGGUUCAGUUCUGAACACAGGAGCAGCCAUGAAUUAUUCCAAGGUCCACAUGUUCCGGUACCCUGUGGGGUCACGCAGGACGCAGGGAGUCCAGCAGGUGUUGGUUCUGAUCACAGGCGGUCCAGCCCAAGAUGAAGUCAGCUCCGUGGCUGAUAGUUUGGCUCUGGGCGGUAUUUUGACUUUUACAGUCAGUUCUGGACAAGCAGAAGAGGGUCCGUUGCAGUCAGUUGCAUUUGUUCCAGAAUUGGCUUACUAUAGACCAAGUUUCUCUGAUUUACCAGCUCUGGCAGAAGAAAUCAUGCCAAAGUUGAUAACAGUGGUUGGCGAUACAGAUGUGGCAAUAGCCGGUGCAGAAAGGGAUGUUGCCUUCCUUAUUGAUGGCACUGAUGGUGUCCGAAGGGAUUUUGACUACAUUCGGGAUUUUAUCAUUAAAGUGAUUGAGCCACUUGACAUUGGGACUGACAAGGUACGGAUUUCAGUGGUUCAACACAGUGAACGGCCAACACCAAGUUUCUACCUUAAUAGUUAUUCAACCAAAGAUGAGGUGAAGAGAGCGGUCAGUAGCCUGACAGCAGUUGGCGGACGUACCUUGAACACAGGUGCUGCUCUCAAAUUCAUGAAGGACACCAUCUUUUCUGAAAGACAGGGCAGCCGGGCUGCUCAAAAUGUCCCUCAAUUUCUGAUUGUUUUGGCUGGAGGAAGAUCCACGGAUAAUGUGAAAGAGUCGGCUGGUGCACUAAAGACUGAGGGAGUCGUACCAUUUGGUGUUGGUGUCAAAGAUGCGGAUCCGAAGCAGAUUCAGGCGAUUUCACACAACCCUUCAUUUGCCUUCACUGUGAAGGAAUUCAGUGAGCUCAGCACCAUCCCACAACGGCUCAAUAACUAUGUGAGCCUCCCGAAGGAAGAGUUGACGUAUGUACUACAGCAAGUGCAAAGUGGUGUUGUAAAAAGAGAUAUUGUGUUCCUACUGGAUGGCUCUGAUAACACCAGAAAUGGAUUUCCAGACAUAAAACUCUUUGUUAAGAAGAUAGUGGAGAGCUUCUAUAUCAGUGAGAGCCAAGACAGGGUGUCUGUGGUUCAGUUUGCUGAUAACCCUGAUGUCAACUUUUAUUUGAAUUCUCACAAAACAAAGACUGACACCAUAAAUGCCAUAGACAACUUAAGGCACAAAGGCGGGAGGCGCCUUAAUAUCGGCGAAGCUCUCCAGUUUGUGAGGCACAGUGUCUUCACAUCCUCCACGGGAAGUAGAAGACUAGAAGGAGUGCCCCAGAUUUUGAUUCUUCUUAGCAGCAAAGCCUCCACUGAUAACGUGAGAAGCCCAGCUUUCGCUCUGAAAGAGCAUGACAUUGUGUCAGUGGGGGUUGGAGUGGGAGAUGCCAACCUUUCAGAGUUGGAAAUGAUUGCAUUCAAACCUGGUUUUACAUACAAGGUCAAUGACUUCUCCGAGUUACCUUCAAUCCAAUCAACACUUGUUGACACGCUGAACAUAAAGACAGACACUGGAAAAACAGUGAAUGGAAUUUCUGAUUUAGUAGUUGAACUAGAGUCACCUCAAAGAGACAUAGUGUUUCUGUUGGAUGGGUCAGACGAAACACAGAGCGACUUCUCAGCAAUGAAAAGUUUUGUCCAGCAAAUAGUAGAAGCGCUCAGUGUUGGUGAGAACAAGGAUCGUGUUUCUGUGGUUCAAUACAGCAAAGAUCCACAGACACAUUUCAAUAUGAAUGCCUACACGGAAAAAGAAGAUGUUCUUAAUGCAGUACAACAGUUGAACCAUAAAGGGGGCAGCACUCGUAACACAGGAGCGGCCCUCGACUAUGUGAGGAAUAAUGCUUUUGCUGACUCCUCAGGGAGUCGACAUCAGGAUGGUGUCCCCCAGAUAUUGAUUCUUUUAAGUGGCGGAAGAUCUCAAGAUGAUGUUGCAAGAGCCUCUGCUGCCCUAAAACAAGAAAAUGUUGUUGCUUUUGGUGUAGGUACAAGAAAUGCGGACAUACUUGAGCUCCAAAUGAUUGCAAAUAAUCCUUCCUAUGCCUUCUCUGUGCUUCGAUUUGAUACUGGUAGCAUCAAUCAACAACUUGUGUCAUUUGUGAAAAGGGUGCCUCCACAGCAGCUAGGAAUAAAAACUCAGAGUGCUUUCGAUUCCACAGGUGAAAGUAAAUCCAGUCAACAUGAUGUUGUGUUUUUACUCGACUCCUCUGAUGAAAUGCAGAAUGACUUUCAGGCAAUGCUUCACUUUGUUGAGGCAAUAGUGGAAAAACUCAAUGUGGAUGAGAAAGACCGUGUUUCAGUGGUGCAGUACAGCAGAGAACCUACAGUUGAGUUUUUCCUGAACACAUAUGAAACACAGCAGAACGUUGCUGACAGUGUUCGGAGACUGAAACUUAAAGGAGGCAGGCCCCUCAAUACUGGAGCUGCUCUUCAGUAUGUCAUCCAGAAUGUUUUCACAACUUCUGCUGGAAGUAGGCACGAACAGGGUGUGCCUCAGAUUUUAAUUCUUUUGACUGGAGGACGGUCAAGUGAUGAUGUCAGAAGUGUGGCAGAAAACCUGAAAGAAAUUGGUGUAAUGGCCUUUGUGGUGGGACUGAAGGAUGCUGACAUCCUUGAGAUUCAGUCUAUUUCACAUGAAGCCAGUCGUGCUUUCUUUGCGGCAGAUUCCAGUGAACUGUUAGGCAUUGAGCAACAACUAACUGCUGCCAUCAAGAAGGACAAAAAGCCUUCUAUCACACCAGCAUCAUACGAUCCCAAGAAAAGAGACAUAGUUUUUUUGCUUGAUGGUUCUGAUGAUUCUCAGCAAAGAUUCACAGAUUUUAUAGACUUUGUCCAGAUAAUAGUGACAGACCUAAACAUUGAUGCAACUGAAGACCGCGUGGCUGUGUUCCAGUACAGCAACACUGCAGACGUUCAUUUUAACUUGGGAAGUUACUCAACAAGUAAUGAUGUCCUUGAAGCGAUAAGCAGUCUGAGUCACAAAGGAGGUUAUCCCCCCAACAUUGGAGCUGCUCUCCAGUAUGUGAGGGACCAUGCUUUUACUCCAGAUUCUGGAAGUAGACUCCUAGAGGGAGUUCCACAGGUCCUCAUACUACUGAGUAAUGGACGAUCUGGAGAUGACAUAAGAACCCCACUCAGACUACUGAAGGAAAUUGGUGUCAUUUCACUUGCUAUUGGAACAGCUGAUGCUGACACCUUAGAGCUUCAGACAGUAUCUCAUGAACCGAAAUAUGCACUUAAAAUGACUGAUUAUGAAGAACUUCGUACUGCUAAGCAGGAUGUGUUGUCAUUUUUGAAAGAGGCACAUGGCCAUGGAAAGCAAACUCCCCUCACUGCAAACUUUGAUUCUAAUAAACAUGACGUAGCAUUUCUCAUUGAUGGAUCCUAUGACUCACGAAAUGGGUUUGAAGACAUACGAGACUUUAUUGAAAAAACUGUUGAAAGUUUAAAUCUUGGAAACAACAGAGAUCAAGUGGCAGUUAUUCAAUACAGCCGUGAUGCCACAGCUAAUUUCUACUUGAAUUCCUAUUCAUCUAAGAAUGAUGUGCUCAAUUCCAUCAGAACAAUGAAUCAUAAGUUGGGACGACCUCUCAACAUUGGAAGAGCACUGGAAUUUGUCAAAGACAAUGUCUUUGCUGCUGCAGUUGGAGGCAGAAGAGAAGACUUGGUUCCUCAAUAUCUGUAUCUAUUUAGUGGUGGAAGAUCAGGAGAUGAUGUAAGAGGACCAGCACAGGCACUUAAGGACAAUGGCAUAAAAACUUUGGUUAUUGGAUCAAAGAAUGCUGAUACUUUGGAAAUGCAAACCAUCUCGUACACACCUGCAUAUUAUUUUUCUGUCACAAACUUUAACAAUCUACAAGGCAUAUAUCCAUUGGUGGAAGCCACAUUCAAGGGCAUUCAAGUAACAACUGAAUUUCCAAUUAUUACCGAUACGGUUCAGAACACCUCUGCAAAAGUGGAAAUUAAGAGUGCUGACAUUGUUUUUCUCCUUGAUGGAUCUGAUGAUAUGCAAUCAAGUGAAAGUCAAAUUUUGGAGUUUGUCAAAGAUUUUGUCAAGCAAAUAGAAAUUGGGCCAAGAGAUGUACAAGUUGCAUUGGUCCAGUACAGUACAGAGCCCACUACUGAUUUUCUUCUGAACAAAUACUCAGUAAAAGAAGAUGUCUUGAGUCAUUUGAACAAUGUAAAAUUAAACGGAGGACUCGAAGUAAAAACAGGUGUUGCCCUCAGUUAUGUGGAAAACAACGUCUUCACUGUUUCAUCUGGGAGCCGGGCUGGGCAGGGAGUCCCACAGAUACUAAUCCUUUUAAGUGGAAGAAAGUCUGAAGAUGAUGUAUUAGGUCCAGCUGAGAGGCUGAAAAAUGCUGGAAUUGAACUUUUUGGUGUUGGGAUGAAUAAUGUGGAUAGGUUGGAGAUGGAGCAAUUGGCUCCUAACGAGGAGUAUUUCAUCAAAGAAAUUUCUGACUUCCCUCUUGUGAGAGAAAAGUUGCUCUCAGCCAUUGCCUCUGUCAAAGGCCCAUACAGUCGGGGAGUAGGUUCAGGCUCCAGCAUGAACAGAGAUGUUGUAUUUCUCAUUGACGGAUCAGAUGAUGUCAGGAGUAGAUUCAGUCCUGUACGUGACUUUGUUGCAAAAAUGGUUGACAGCCUUGACCUGGACACGCAAAAAGAUAAAGUCGCUGUUGUACAGUACAGCAACAAUGCUGAACUCAGUUUUAGUCUGAAUUCUUACAACACAAGAGAUGAUGUUCAGAAGCACAUUGCAAGCCUAAAACUGAAAGGUGGAAGACCUCAGUAUAUUGGAGCAGCACUGCAGUUUGUAAAAGAUAACGUUCUUGUUUCAAAAGCUGGAAGCCGGCAAAAUGAAGGGGCCAAGCAAAUACUUAUUAUAUUGGCUAAUGGAAGGUCUAGGGAUUCUCCACGAGGUCCAGCAAGUAUGCUCAAAGCUGCAGGAGUUACUGUAUUUACAAUUGGAUCAAGGAUGUCAAAUUCGGCAGAGAUGCAAGUCAUUUCUUCUGGCCUGGAUUACUCUUACGCAGUCCCUGACUUUGGAAAUCUCCCACGCAUUCAACAGAGGCUAAUGCGUCAACUAAGUGAAUUAGUUGUUCAGAAGGAGACUGACAAAAUAGUGAGACAACCACAAGGAAAGGAUUAUGUGUUCUUGCUGGAUGGAUCCGAUGGUAGUAGAACUGGAUUCUCUGCUAUGAGGGACUUUGUUCAAGCAGUAGUGGAGAGACUGAGUGUGGAUGACAACAGAGACCGCGUCUCAGUUGUUCAGUACAGCAGAGAUCCAGCUGUCCAGUUCUACCUGAACACAUACGCGACAAAAGGCCAGAUCCUUGACACUGUCAGAGGUUUGAGGCACAAAGGCGGAAGACCCCUCAACACUGGUGUAGCUCUCCAGUACUUGAGGGACAACGUCUUCACGGCCUCUGCUGGAAGCAGGCGUCUGGAAGGAGUGCCACAGAUCCUAAUAUUGCUAAGUGGUGGAAGAUCUUUUGACAGCGUUGACGCACCAGCCUCUGCUCUCAAACAGCUGGGUGUCUUGACUUUUGCAAUUGGAACCAGAGGCUCUGAUGUGAGGGAACUGCAGAAGAUAUCCCACGACCCCACUAAUGUGGUGUCUGUGUCUGAAUUCACCGACCUUCCUGGUGUCCAACAGCAAAUUAUGUCCGCCGUGGAAGCUGUGGUCAUUGACGAGACCGUGGAACCACCAACUGUACUUGUUGAAACUGCCAAAAAGGAUGUUGUAUUCCUUCUGGAUGGUUCUGAUAGCACUAGGAAUGGCUUCCCUGCCAUGCGUGAGUUUGUUGAGACAGUGGUGGAUAAACUCAAUGUGGGAGAAAACAAGGACCGCGUCUCUGUGGUCCAGUACAGCAGAGAAGCAGAGGUCAACUUCUAUCUGAACACACUUAAGACAAAAGAGGAUGUUGUGGAUUCGGUCAGAGGGCUUAGACACAAAGGAGGAAGACCCCUCAACACCGGGGCUGCCCUCCAAUACGUCAGAGACAACGUCUUUACAAACUCCUCCGGAAGUAGGCGCUAUCAAGGAGUUCCACAGAUGUUGAUCCUGCUAACUGGGGGGAGAUCUUUUGACAAUGUAGACACCCCAGCCUCUGCUCUCAAGCAGCAGGGCAUCUUUGUGGUUAGCAUUGGAACAAGGAACUCUGACAGUAGAGAGCUGCAGAAGAUAUCCCAUGAGCCGAGUUACGCUCUAUCAGUGUCUGAGUUCUCUGACCUCCCAGGUGUCCAAGAACAGCUGUCCUCAGUAAUGAGCACAGCUCUAGUGAGGGCCACGCCCGUAACACCAACAGUGACUGUUGUGAAAAAACCACAAGGAAAGGAUUAUGUGUUCUUGCUGGAUGGAUCCGAUGGUAGUAGAACUGGAUUCUCUGCUAUGAGGGACUUUGUUCAAGCAGUAGUGGAGAGACUGAGUGUGGAUGACAACAGAGACCGCGUCUCAGUUGUUCAGUACAGCAGAGAUCCAGCUGUCCAGUUCUACCUGAACACAUACGCGACAAAAGGCCAGAUCCUUGACACUGUCAGAGGUUUGAGGCACAAAGGCGGAAGACCCCUCAACACUGGUGUAGCUCUCCAGUACUUGAGGGACAACGUCUUCACGGCCUCUGCUGGAAGCAGGCGUCUGGAAGGAGUGCCACAGAUCCUAAUAUUGCUAAGUGGUGGAAGAUCUUUUGACAGCGUUGACGCACCAGCCUCUGCUCUCAAACAGCUGGGUGUCUUGACUUUUGCAAUUGGAACCAGAGGCUCUGAUGUGAGGGAACUGCAGAAGAUAUCCCACGACCCCACUAAUGUGGUGUCUGUGUCUGAAUUCACCGACCUUCCUGGUGUCCAACAGCAAAUUAUGUCCGCCGUGGAAGCUGUGGUCAUUGACGAGACCGUGGAACCACCAACUGUACUUGUUGAAACUGCCAAAAAGGAUGUUGUAUUCCUUCUGGAUGGUUCUGAUAGCACUAGGAAUGGCUUCCCUGCCAUGCGUGAGUUUGUUGAGACAGUGGUGGAUAAACUCAAUGUGGGAGAAAACAAGGACCGCGUCUCUGUGGUCCAGUACAGCAGAGAAGCAGAGGUCAACUUCUAUCUGAACACACUUAAGACAAAAGAGGAUGUUGUGGAUUCGGUCAGAGGGCUUAGACACAAAGGAGGAAGACCCCUCAACACCGGGGCUGCCCUCCAAUACGUCAGAGACAACGUCUUUACAAACUCCUCCGGAAGUAGGCGCUAUCAAGGAGUUCCACAGAUGUUGAUCCUGCUAACUGGGGGAGAUCUUUUGACAAUGUAGACACCCCAGCCUCUGCUCUCAAGCAGCAGGGCAUCUUUGUGGUUAGCAUUGGAACAAGGAACUCUGACAGUAGAGAGCUGCAGAAGAUAUCCCAUGAGCCGAGUUACGCUCUAUCAGUGUCUGAGUUCUCUGACCUCCCAGGUGUCCAAGAACAGCUGUCCUCAGUAAUGAGCACAGCUCUAGUGAGGGCCACGCCCGUAACACCAACAGUGACUGGUAAGAAAGCCAUGUGUUUUCACCUUUCAAGAUCAUGAUAGAACACAGCAUGAACUGUAUAAAAGUGUCCUUUUCAAAGUCUACAUCAGCCAGAGCAGGUUUAAGAAACAAUUACUGUCAUUGUGAAUUGAUUGCAAUGUUUGAGGUUAGUUUCCACUGUCUGACUUUGCCUUGGGAAGUAGUUGACGACU